UACGAUACGAACGAUAUCGCACCAAAGGUGGGGGAAUAAUAAAGAGAAAAAAAAUAAACGGAAAUAAAUCCCGAGUUUUCCGAUCGGAGGCGACGCGACCGAGGCUCCGGCGACGACGAUGAGGGGGACCAAGCGGCCGCUCGGCGUGGUGACGGCAUGGGUGCGGCGGCAGCCGCCCAAGGUGAAGGCUUUCCUCGCCGUGGUCACGGGCAUGGCCGCGCUCGUCUUCAUCCGCUUCAUCGUCCACGACCACGACAACCUCUUCGUCGCCGCCGAGGCCGCGCACGCGCUCGGCAUCGCCGUCCUCAUCUACAAGCUCACCAAGGAGAAGACCUGCGCAGGACUAUCCCUCAAGUCUCAGGAUUUAACUGCAUUGUUUCUAGCUGUUAGACUGUACUGCAGCUUUGUCAUGGAGUAUGACAUCCAUACUGUGUUGGAUAGUGCUACACUUGUGGCUACACUUUUUGUGAUUUACAUGAUUCGGUUCAAAUUGAGGUCAACUUAUAUGGUGGACAAGGACAAUUUUGCAUUGUACUAUGUGGUGGUGCCAUGUGCUGCGCUGGCGCUACUUAUUCAUCCAUCAACGUCUCACAACAUUGCAAACCGGUUCAGCUGGGCUUUCUGUGUUUACUUGGAAGCUGUUUCAGUGCUGCCACAACUGCGUUUGAUGCAAAAUACCAAGAUUGUGGAACCGUUCACAGCUCACUAUGUGUUUGCUCUGGGGGUUGCGAGGUUUCUUAGCUGUGCCCACUGGGUUCUUCAGGUUUUGGAUACUCGUGGCCGCCUAUUGACUGCUCUGGGCUAUGGUUUGUGGCCAUCUAUGGUGCUCCUGUCAGAAAUCGUGCAGACGUUCAUCCUGGCAGAUUUCUGCUACUACUAUGUGAAGAGUCUGGUCGGUGGGCAACUGGUGCUACGGCUCCCAUCCGGGGUGGUGUGAGAACUGCAGCCAUGUUCUAGCGCCGGAUCUUCUGCGUCUCUCGCCAUGCACGAGACCGGAGCAGCCCUCUUCAGUUGAUAUUUUCAGUUACAACUAUUAGUCAGUGAGGAAAUCGCAGCAGACAUAGGUUUUGUCGAUGUAACUGUUAACAGCGUAUGCCAUGAUAUUCCUAACUUGAGUGUUCUAGCUUCAGUAUGUUUGUCGCCGUUAUUUUAGUAAUGGGAAGCCAUUAGUUAUGAUGACAGUAUCUGUGCGAAAAUGGAUCUAUGAAAGUUAUGCUUGGAAGACCA